GCUCUUUCUUUCUUUUUUAUUAUUUAUUAUAAUUUUUUUUUAUUUUUUUAUUAUUGUAUCCAUGGUAAUCGAUAUGCAUUUAUGUAUGAAUGGAAGAAAUCCAGAUCACAAGUAUUGGACACAUCACCAAAGUGUUUGGACAAUUAUUUCUCUCUUGUUGUUCUGAAUAUGAAUAUGGAGGCCGGUGGAAAGAAGUUAGCAAUGGGAGGGGAUGAGUUGUUAGAAGCUCAAUCCCACAUAUGGAAUCACAUCUUCAACUUCAUAAACUCAAUGUCUCUCAAAUGUGCAAUCCAACUUGGAAUUCCAGACGCCAUCCAUAGCCAUGGACCCAACCCUAUGCCCCUCUCUCUUCUUGUUUCAUCUCUCCAACUUCAUCCUAAUAAAACCCAAUUCAUAUACCGUUUGAUGCGUUUAUUAACUCACUCUGGCUUCUUUGUUCAACAAGAAGAAGGAUACAUUCUUACCAAUUCAUCUCGCCUUCUUCUUAAAGACAAUCAUUUUGCUGUAUCUCCUUUCCUACUUUCCAUGCUCCAACCAGCUCUCACAGAUCCAUGGCAGUUCCUCUCAAUCUGGUUACAAACUGACGACCGAACGCCAUUCGAGACGGCACAUGGAAUGCCGUUUUGGGAGUACAUGGGGAAUAAGGCAAAAGAUGGGGAGGUUUUCAAUGAAGGCAUGGCGAGUGAUGCGAGGUUGGUGAUGAGUGUGAUAUUGGAAAAACAUAAAAGUGUUUUUGAAGGAGUUGAGUCGUUGGUUGAUGUUGGUGGUGGCACUGGAACAAUGGCCAAAGCCAUUUCACAAGCUUUUCCACAAAUGGAAUGCACUGUGUUUGAUCUUCCCCAAGUAGUUGCUCAUUUGAAGGAAGAUCAACCAAACUUCAAAUAUGUUGAAGGAGAUAUGUUUAAACUUAUUCCUCCAGCUGAUGUGCUUCUCUUAAAGUGGAUAUUACAUGAUUGGAGUGAUGAAGAAUGUGUGGAGAUUCUGAAGAACUGCAAAGCAGCCAUUACAAGCAAUGGUGACAGAGGAAAAGUGAUGGUAAUUGAUAUUGUGCUGUUUGGGAAUAAAAAGGACUCGAUGGAAACUCAACUGUUAUUCGACAUGCUGAUGAUGACAUUAGCUGGUGGAAAGGAGAGGGAAGAAGAAAAGUGGGCUGAAUUGAUUAAAGAAGCUGGAUUUAGGAGCUACAAGAUUUUUCCAAUUAUGGGUGUAAGAUCUCUUAUAGAGAUUUACCCAUAACCAAUAAUCUCUUUUUAAUGUGUAUGCAUGCAAGGGUUAAUUUAAUUCAUAACUGUUCAUUUUUUCUUUUUUAAUCAAAAAAUUGUGUGAAUGGAAGUGAGGAUUGUUGGAGGUUUAUUAUUAAGAAAUCAAGAAAGCAAUUGUGAUGGUUUAUUAUUAUUAUUUGUUUUGGGAUAAAUAAUGUGUUGAGAGAUGGAUUGAGUUUGUAAACUAAUUUUGUUUAAUAUAUAAUAUGUGGGACUUCAUUAUGCAAA